CGUCAUGCUCUCUCUCGCUUCGGCAGCCCAUAUAAAGCAAAGCUCCAACAUCAUGUGCCCCCCAUCACAUCGUCACGAUUCGCCCCUCCCUCCUCCUUCGAACAGCACACACCCUCAGCAAAAUGCCCGCUCAGCGCACCAUCACCUUCAACGACGGCAAGAAGAUCCCCGCGGUCGGAUGGGGAUCCGGCUCGGGCGGCUUCAUUGGCUCUGGCCAGCGCGCGGUCGACGCCGGCGUCAUCGCGCUCAAGGAGGGUAUCCUCCACAUCGACACGGCGCAGAUCUACAAGACUGAGGAGGAGACGGCCGAGUCUAUCAAGAUCAGCGGUAUCCCCCGCGAGAAGAUCUUUGUCACGACUAAGCUCUGGAAGAUCGACCACACCACCCCCGAGCUCAUCCGCGAGUCGGUCGAGGGCAGCAUCAAGCGCCUCGGCACCAUCCCGGACCUGCUCCUCAUCCACAACCCCUACAUCCCCGAGGCUGGCAAGAUCGGCGCCUUCUGGACCAUCCUCGAGGACCUGGUGUACGACGGCACGCUCAAGGGCUGCUCGCUCGGCUUCUCCAACUUCCGCACGCAGGACGUGGCCGAGGUGCUCAAGGUCGCGCGCAUCAAGCCCGUCGCCAACCAGGUCGAGUUCCACCCCUUCCUCUGGGCCCAGCUCGAGCCCCUGCAGAAGUACCAGGCCGAGCACGGCAUCGUGUUCCAGUCGUACGGCCCGCUCACGCCCCUCCUCCGCCACCCCACGGGCGGCUCGCUCAAGGCCGUCGUCGAGAAGAUUGCCAAGGAGCGCAACAUCGACGCCUCGACUGUUCUGCUUCUCUGGACGAUCCAGAAGAACGUCGUCGCCAUCACCACCAGCAACAACCCCGAGCGCAUCAAGAAGCUCGCCGAGAUCGACUCGCUCCCCGACCUCUCCGCCGCCGAGACCGCCGCCAUCGACGAGGCAGGCAAGAAGGUCCACUUCCGCCACUACACCGAGCACAUGGAGGCCGACUUCCCUGCCCCCAACCUCCCCUCGGACGCUUAGGAUGAGGACAGAAAAGCCGGCAAGAGGAUAAACCCGAAGCGGGACACAGCGAGACUGUGAGGCGCGGCGGUACCCUGCUGGUGACGACGACUAGGAUUGUACACUUGAUGCAUUGGUAGUUCAUGGG